AUGACAAACACAGCUACGGCGGCGGGCAAAUCAUCAAAAAGUGCAGCAUCAGCAGCGGAUACUAAAGAAAUUCUCAUACCCAAUGCAGCACACUCUACAGAGGAAAGUGCAGUAGAGACUAUGAAAGACAGGUCAGGCACCCAUGUAAAUAAAAACCUAGAAAAAGAAAAAAGGAAGUUGAUGACGGCAGCAUGGACUCCCAAGUGGGUUGCAGAAAGGCUUGGAGACCAACAGGAAGAAAGAUCUAUUAGAAUCUUGAAUGCCUGGACACACCACAAAAAGGGACAAGAAGCAACAAGAGAAACUGUGACAACACCAACAAGACACAGUCUUGCGGCACUGGAGCACAAUCACAACAAAAUCUCAGUGGAGGAAAAGGAAGUGUACAACCUAUCAAAGGAGGGAACUUGUCAUUACUAA